CAGCGUCUGCUCCACCGAGCCAACCGCACUGGGAUCAGCAGCAGCACAAACAGCCGCGUCCUGGGGCUAACCUUACGCACUCCAUCACUUUUUCAUUGUGCCUGGGGAUACACCAAGCUGACACAAUUUCACUGUGGACAUUACACCCUCUUACAGCUAUGGGAGACAUGGGAGACCCACCAAAAAAAAAGCGCCUGAUUUCCCUGUGUGUUGGAUGCGGGAAUCAGAUCCACGACCAAUAUAUACUGAGGGUUUCCCCGGACCUGGAGUGGCAUGCAGCCUGCCUGAAGUGCGCAGAGUGUAGCCAGUACCUGGAUGAGACCUGCACUUGCUUUGUCAGGGAUGGCAAAACCUACUGUAAAAGGGACUAUAUCAGGUACAGCAAUGGGCACCUUCGCAGAUCCUUGUGCCACGGUUCGGCCGCUGCAUGGAGAUCUUUAUCCACCAUUCUGUGCUUUUAUUUUAGUUUUUUUUCAUUUAUUUUAUCCUCUUUCAUUUUAUUCCUGUUGGGAGCUCGUUGUGCUCUGCCCACAGGAUCGUUGUUUAUUUUUGGGAAACUGCUUUAGACCUUAAUAGAGAAGAAUCAGUUAUUUUUUUUUUAGAAAGCAGAAAAAUAAAUACAAAACAGGAUUCUGAUAUUGAUAUUUAACGAUAUUCAAUAACUGAAGACAAAUCAGUCUGAAUAAUAAUGGCCCUCCUGGUAAAACCGGUGACAUUUAAUCUUAAAAAAAAAAAA